UCUAGUGUGCACUCGAAUGUCGAAGUUGUAGCGCAAAACUCGAACCAUUAAAUAUCAAUGAUAAUUGCGCUAAUGGUGAAAAGUUCAGAAGUGUACUUUUCUGCUGAUCCUUUUUUCUUUGCGUCCGAUACAGAACUGAGUGAAAUCUCUUGUGAAGUGCAAGUGUUUUCUCCAACCGGUAGUGGCAAUUAAUUAAAAUGCUGUGGUUCCUUCAGACGUUGGCUCUCUGGGUAAUUUUGUUUACCAAAAGCGUUGCCCCGUAUCUACAAGCCAGUGAUUCAUUGGUGCCAUUUAGUGUAAAUCAAACCGAGCCUUUGGAAAUCAGUUCAGAAAACCCGGCCAAAGUCCUAUCCAGAAAGAAACGCUUCAUAGUAUUUCCAGAAGGAGCAAGUUUUUCGGUGGCCGUUUGCAUGACUGUGGGUGUCUAUGGCAAUCCCAACUACCAGAUGUUCAGUUGGGCCUUGAAUUGGGGCAUCGCCUACAAUUUGCCAAACCAAACCCUGACUUACGAUAUGGAUUUGAAUCAACCGAAACCGAUGGCUCAGCGGAGAAACCGAAGGGAUCUGUACCACAAGCUGGAAGUUGCCAUGGAUGACAUGGGCUACAACGGUCGCCAGUGUAUUCUGCGGGCGCUGUGUGAAAGUUCGCAACUUUUCGGGCACAAGGGUUCGAAUAUGAUCGAGGAAAUUCUGCGAUCGCUGUUUAGUUUUCCCAAAUCAAAGGUGUUAUCGUUCGAGCCUGAGGAGAAUCGAAUCUACGAUGAAGCUCAUCGGAAGGGCCGAAAUAAAGUGAUGUGCCAAUCGCUUUAUCCGGCUUGUCGAUUUUCGCUGCACGAAUUGGCACUGGGAAAGUAUGCGAGCCCGUACAGUUUUAUGUGA